AUGAGCGCAUCAUCAGAGGAGAGAGAAGAUGCUGCUGGGGAGGAGAUGACAGAUAUGGCCGACCCUCCUCCGGUUCAGGAUACUGGUGACGAGCAGCAGGCGCCUACAGAGCAGGCCGCCGACCACCACAUCUCCGAUCUGCUAGAGGAGGAGCGACAACAGGACUCCACGCUGCCGUCGGAGGAGAACGGCCUUGCCCACAGGUACAAAAGACUUGCUGAAGAAGAGCUAGAGGCCACGUCCGACAAUGGCUCACUGGACGCGCUGCCCAGGAGGGCCGGAAGUCCCGUAGACUCCAUGAUCUCUGUCCCGGACCGCUCUCCUUCUGUUCAGGGUUCUGGUAUCUCCUCCCCCAGUAGCAGCGUCCUCCCAUCACUCGCGUCGAGACCCCGAAUGGGGAGCCCGACUCCCUCCUUUCGACCUUUCGACCGCCGCUUCCAGUCCCGGAUCUCUACGCCGAGCAACCUGUCCCCCAGGCCGGCCUCACCGGCGUUCCUAUCAAACCAUAGUCGCAAUGCCUCCCUGACCAGUCAGAUCCUCUUAGACACUGGUGACACUGAGACUCCGUCUCCGCCGUGGGAAGUUGUCAGAUGGACCAAAUUGAGGAAGCUCAACGGGUCGGCGUUCUCAGAAGUUGGCAAACGGAACUUUGGAUCCCCGACGUGCAUUGCUGUCUCAACUCACAUAGUCCUCGGGACCUCCAAGGGCAUAAUAUUAAUGUUUGACUACAACCAAAACCUGAAGAUGAUCAUUGGGCCGGGAACAAAAGCCGUCGAGUGCGGCGCGAUAGUCUCUAUCGCAAUAUCAGCAGACCACACCACAUUGGGCGGCGGCCAUGCUGAUGGGAGCAUCUUCACCUGGGACACCUCACGUGCAUCUCGCCCAUUCCUGCAUAUUCCUCCGCUGGACGCCGCGCAGACGCAAAACCGCACGAUGGAUGGCCACAUGCCAGGCGUCGCCAUCACUCACCUGGGAUUCCUGGGUACGAGACAUACCGCUCUUGUGUCUGCCGACGACAGGGGCAUGGCGUUCUCACACCUCGCAACGCGAGGCACUGGAUCUUUCGGUCGAACGGUCAAGACGACCAGGAUAUUAGGACGUUAUCCGGACUCGAAACCCCUCGCCUCGGGCAAAGUUUUGAAGCCUAGUACGGUUCUUGCUUUCGCGCCCUUGCCUCUUGGGACUAUCGAGCGUGCCACAGAUGCCAUGGGCCUGACGGCGAUGUUGACUCCUUAUCUACUGGUCAUUGUGUCCACCACCCCCAUUGCCCAGACGCAGCACAAGUCGGCGAGGCCUAAAGAGGUCGCCGCUCAUAGCGCCAUGACGGGGUGCCUGGCUUGGUUCCCUGCCGUGAAGCUGAAAGUCGCGGAUCCAGCAACCGGUAGCCAGAUCGCCAAGGCAAAGCUCGUGUACUGCUGGUCCAACGUACUGACUGUCUUGGACGUCGAGGAGAUACCCGCUGAGGAUAAGGACAAACCGCCAAGUCUCAAGUUUAAAGCCAGGAGCAGAUGGAAAUGUGAAGAGGCGGUUGUGGCCGUGCAAUGGCUGAGCAGGUCCGUGCUGACAGUCCUCACGAUCAGCCAAAGGUUGAUUGUCCUAGAGGACCGGAGCAUGCGGAUGACCGAGGCAUUCGAUCUCAUAGGGCGACAUAUAUAUCACGCCGACCUCUUUUCGAAGCAGCUGCACACCUUGGUUGAGCAGCUUGAUGAAGAAGACACAUCCAUGCAUGGCGUGGUGGCCGACGCUUUCUACAUGAGCUUCAAGGCCUACAAGAAUCGAAUAUUCCUCAUGGGCUUCAACGAUGUCUCCAUCGGAGCACUGUCCAACUGGGCAGAUCGCCUUAUCGCACUGAUGGAGAACGGCGACUACGUUGGCGCCAUCAAAUUAGCCACGCUCUACUACACGGGUGAUGCCAACAAACUCACAGUGGGUUUGCCAGAAAACACAGAGGUGCGGCACACCAUGGUCAAAGACAAGCUCCUGGAGCUCAUGAGUGCGUCUUUGAAGUAUGCCUUUGGCCAGCGACAGAGGGACCCUGAAGCUGUGGAUGACGGUCAGCUACAAGAGCUAAGCGAGACCUGCUUUACGGCAUGUCAUAGCAUCGGAAACAUCGAUUUCUUGUUUGACGAGAUGUACGAGUGGUACGAGGAUGCCGGCGUUGAAGGCAUCUUCCUUGAAACCAUGGAGUCGUACAUUCUGGAAAGGACGAUCUCGUCGGUACCGCCCACAGUCGUGAAAGGCAUGGUCGCUCACUUCGUCAGCAAGGGGCUUGAGAGUCGGCUCGAGGAGAUGAUUUGCCACAUGGAAACAGCCACCAUGGACCUAGACCAGGUCACCGGUCUGUGCAAGCAACACAGCCUUUACGAUGCUCUUAUUUACGUCUGGAAUCAGGCGCUCGACGACUACAUCACGCCACUUAUUGACCUGUUGACGCUUCUGAUACCCUUGAUGCGCGAAGCGGACGAUGAGGUCUCAGGAAACAUCUUGGACGAGGAAGCCUCCAGCGUCAACGCCCUGAAGAUAUUUCCGUACCUUUCCUACAUUCUGACGAGCCGAGUCUAUCCGACUGGCGAGACGAUCGAGCAUGAACGGUCCAUGAAAGCGAAAGCAGAGCUCUACUGGUUCCUCUUCUCUGGAAAGAGCAUAGUGUGGCCCAAGGGAAGCAACAAGCGUUUCCUCACCCGCCCCAAUCAGACUGAUGAGCCAUCGUUUCCAUACCUUCGGAUGAUCCUGAAGUUCGAUGCACCGAGCUUUCUGAGCUCACUGAACGAGGCAUUUGAGGACUCGUUCUUGAACGACUCUCCGGAGAAGAAAGUCAACGGAGGAGCGAGGGGAGACCUGCCGGAAGAGCAGAUAUUUGGCCUCACGGUCGAUCGCCAGUACAUCGUUUCCAUCCUGAUCGAGAUCAUGAACCCGACCGACUUCGCGGCCGAAGACACCAUUUACUUGGACAUGUUCAUCGCAAGAAAUUUGCCCAAAUACCCACAGUACCUACUGCUGCCAGGCUCGGCAUUGACGAAAGUGUUGACUGGGCUUUGCAAUUUCCCAGGAGCGGAUCUCGCAGAUGACGCCCAGUUGAGUGCUGAGUAUCUGCUGUCCGUAUACAACCCAUCCGAUCUUCCUACGCUUAUGCCGCUAUUCAAGAGAGCUGGGUUCUAUCGAAUCUUGAAAAGGCAGUACAGACUCGACAAACAAUACGGCAAGCUAUUGCAGACGUACUUUGAGGAUCCAGAUGACAAAGAUGCAACAUUUGACUGCAUAGCGAACUGCCUGCGUCCGCAGACGGGGCUCUCUAAGCGCCAAAUCGGAGAAGUGCAUCAAGUCAUCAAGGACAAUUCGAGAGACCUAGUGGACCUCGACCCUUCACGGGCAGCCAAGGUGGUGGAACUGUACGCGCCGGAGCUACAUCGUCACAUACUGGAUUCCACAACGGAUGAGCCGGAGUUGCAGUACAGCUACCUCAAGGCCAUCUUGGAACCCGCUGUCGAACGUCCGGAGGACUUCAAGCCAUCGGCCGAAAGAGAUUUGAUCGAGCAGUAUGUGCAGCUUAUGUGCAGAUAUGAGCCCACUCAUGUCUCAGACUAUGUGGGAAUUGUCCAGUCCACCAAUUUGCGGUUAUACAAGCUCCUACCAACCAUGGAGGAGACAGGUGUUAUUGACGCAGCGGUCGUGUUGAUGGCCCGCGAGGGUCAAACACACGAGGCCAUGGAAAGGCUUGUCAAGCAAUUGAACACGCUCGAGUCUGCCCUGCAGGGUCUUCUCACUGGGACCAAGGAGGAUGAGGCCCAUACCGACAUCCAUUCACCAACUGCAGAUCUUCUGAAGGGCCUGCAAAAGUAUACACAUGUGGGAAUCUGGCUCUGCCAGGGACAGACCAAGACCGCAAAGAGAUUGACGGCUGGGCAGCGCAAGAAAAAGACAACAUCUACGGACGAUCUGUCGCCAGAUGAGACAUUGUGGCUCAGCCUCAUUGAUGCAACAGUCCAAAUUACCCGUCGUCUAUCGACCUCGAUCCAAAACAUUGCCAAUCAGGCGGCUUCAAAAGCCGAAAAGGGCAAGCAGGUCAAUGGAAUUGACGCACACCAACAAGAGAUAGACACGGAGAGAUUGGUAGGGCUUCUCCGCUCCCUUGUACAACACACCUUCACAGCCCUGCUUGCCGCCACAUCCACGCCCUCCGCACAGCAGCCAAGCGGGCCAACCCGCGUCCUCUCCACCACGGCAUCCGCAGUGGGCGACAACCUCACAUUCCUCCGCAUCCUGCGUGCAUUCCUCACCAAGGCCGCGGCCUCGUCCCCGACCCUCGCCGACCUGCGAGCAGUGCUGCAGUCCAUCUUCGCGGCGUACGCGUACGAGGAGUCGAUCCUGCGGCUGUCGAACCGGCUCCUCGAGCGCAGCCUCUUCGUGAGCGUCAGGCAGGCGACGGAGCUGCGGCAGCGCGGGUGGCGGUCCCGGGGCUCGACGUGCGAGGCGUGCGGUGUCCGGGUCUGGGGUCCCGGCGCCAUCUCUACGGGGAUCAUCGACGCGUGGGAGGAGAAGACGGCCGCUGAGGACGCCAGGCGGAAGGCGAGGCUCGCCGGGCUGGGGCGCACGGCCGAGCGCGGCAAGGGCAGGGAGAAGGUCGGGCGCGAGGGCAUGAUGAUGCUCGACUACGGCGGGGCGGGCUCCUCCGGCUUCGAUGGGGGCGGCGGAAGGGGCAAGGGCAAGGACUCGUCGGUGCCCAUGACGCCUGAGUCCUUCGAGGCGAGGACGCCGGACCGCGGCGGCGAAGGGUCGUCGCCUGAGGACGAUGACCAGCAGCAGGAGGACGAGGGGUCCGCGCAGCAGCAACCACCGCAUGGCGGGUCGGCGAACCAGCAGCCGGGCUAUCGGCCGCUGGUCGUGCUGGCCUGCCGGCAUAUCUAUCACCAGAGCUGCCUGGAGGCGUUGCAGCCACGGGACGAGGCGACGGGCGCGAGGAGACAUGUCGAUGAGUACGGGAGGGAGCGGGAGUAUAGGUGUCCUAUUGAUGGGUAG